AUGGUCCGGACCCGAGCGAUGACGCAGGCGCUCGGCGUGGAGCUCACCGACGUCCAGCGCUUCGAGGCCGCGCUCGCGCUCGUCAAGCCUCGGACGCUGGACCGACCGCGUCACAGCUUCUUCUUGGCCGCGCCGGUCGAUCCGAAGCUGGCGCUUCCAGCCGAGAGCGACGCCGGCAGCGACGGCCACGCCUGUGCGACACAGGUGCCAGGCGACCGCAUCUCCAUUGUCAACCCAGCCUGGACAGACGUGCUCCAUGGCCAGGUACGCGAUAUGAUCCAGACGAUGUUUGCCCCGUCCGGGUCGUUCUCGCUGCAACUCGCCUACUACUACAGCGCGAGCCGGUCCGGACCGCAAAAGCCAUGGGCGCCUCCGACGCAGCCACCGGGAACGUUUGGAUUCCUCUGUGUUGAGCUGCCUGUCGUGCCGGCCAAGACACCUGCGCGCUGCACUGUCUGGCUCUGCGGCGCGACAGCCGGUAUCUCGACGCGCCGGCCAUGGCUUGUCUACCACCUCGUGCUGGACGAUGAGAACAGCAAUGUCAAUGCUCCAGCCGUCACAGCGCUCCUCGCACUCGCCUCUCGGCCAUCGCCGAAGGUCCACGUCCUGUGCAAGACGAUCACGACCCUGUCGGUCGCGUCCGGCGACCUCCACCCGCACGACAAGGCCAUGCUCACCGCGCUGCUGGCGACGCAGGCGUACGACGUACUUCUCGUUCACCUGCACUGGACAAACGAAGCGGACCUUCCGCGCGUGGCCGCGUGGACGCUCCCGGACGGUGCGACGUUGUGCGACGCAGUGACCCACCACCCUCACUACUGCAAGAUCGACGCCCGCCUGUUUGCGACCGGCUCCAAGCCUGCUUACGGCUUUGUUUUUUGGCCAACGCAUCAUCGCGCGCAGAUCGCCCAUCUCUCGGCGAUUGCACGCUCGCUUGCAGCCGCCUCAGACGACGACGAUACCAUCGACCUCUUUGGCCAGCCGUCGGUCGAGGCUCUCUUUGAGGCUGUCAUGACGCGCCUCUGUCCCGAGAGUCAAGCCUUCAACUGCCGCUGUGACGACGUUGUCGCUGUCUACGCAGCCCUCGGGAACGCGCACCGUCUCGACUGGAUCGAGCGAUUCUUGACGCUCGUUUUCCAGACGCCGAUGAAUGGCGACGCGGCCCUGAUGAACAACAUGGGCCAUUUGAUCUCUCGGGACGUCGCCGUCUUUGGCUGGUCGACAAUGGAGCCGAUUCUCACCAAGCUUCUCCAGCGCUGGGUCAAGGCGAGUCGCUACGUGCACAUUGCGAAUGGGUGUCGCCUCGUGGCCAGCAUCGCUGGAGUCGCGAUCCGCCCGAUCUGUGCUCCGGUCAAGGCGCCCGGCAUCUCGGAGUGGGUCGUCGAAGCCUACACGCUCUUGGUGGAUGGCGCGGCCGCCGUCGACGGCGAAGACACGUCGCUGCGCUACUUCCACGCGAUUCCACGCGACAUUUUGGAGCUGAGCUUUGCGCUCGACGCGUACGUGGCCCGGCUGCCCGUGACGCACCGGUGGUUUUAUGGCCACUUGCCCAACGACAUUGUGACGUCGAUCGCAGCGAUGCGCGGACCGGCCACGAACUUUCGCAAAGUGCUGAACCGCGUCCAGUACUCCAAGGUGCGGGCGCUGGCCCCGGCCGUGGCCAUGGCGUACCAGCAAGGCCUCGAUGCACUCGCUGCGCCGUGGGUGCCUGUUGUUUUGGACGCCUUUGUGCCGCCAAAUGACAUGUGCUGGAUGUCGGUGGACGUCCUCACGUCGCUGCUGGUCGUCAGUGUCGUCGGCGACCGCUUGCUCGAGGUCGCUGGGUCCAUGGUUGGCAUCCUGCAUCUUCGUAUUGCCCCCGCGAUCCUCUUGCUCUUGCGGGACUGGCCAGCGCUUGGCACGCCCGAUUUCAUUGCGCAGUGCAGCCGCCUCUUGCUGGUCGUGGCCACAUCGGGCGGCGAUGUGGUGACCGACAUGGCAGCUACGAGCCACGAUCCUGUGCUGGCCUACUAUGCCGAUGGCCCCGACGCCCAAGCCCUCAGCGGUGUCUCGGUCGGCGUGGGCAUUGCGCUGGACGCGUUUGCGUAUUUGGCAGCCUUUGAUGCCGUCAACUUCGCUCCAUUUUUGACGGCGUGGGUGGCCGCUGUCGUCCAGCGCCCAGACCAGCUCCGCGCAGUGCUGUAUGAAGUCACACUGCGCUUUCCGACCAAGUUUCCCGACCUCGAUGACGCCUUUGAGAUUCUUGCGACUACGACGCUCGCGACGCUGCCGAUGCUCUCGGACGUCGACCGUGACCAGCUGAAAGCCUUGAUGACUCGAGAACAACGUCGCAAGCGCCAACGGGUCGCCUAA